UCCGCGGCACUCGGCGCUGCGCCCGGGGGGUGCGCUCUAUCCGCUCAGUGCGCGCCGCGAGGAAACCCGCCCAGGGCUUGGAAAGUGUAGGGCUGGGGACCGCGUGGAAGUUUCCCCGAGAUCUCAAGUUGGAGAUUUUUCAGGUCAUAAUAUGAAAAUGCUGCUGAGUUUGCUCCUCAUGAUAAUUUGUUCCCAUGUUUCUGUGAACCAAGAUUCUGGCCCUGAGUACGCAGAUUUGGUGUUUCUGGUGGACAGCUCUGAUCACCUGGGGACUAAGUCCUUCCCUCUUGUGAAGAUAUUCAUCACCAAACUGAUCAGCAGUCUCCCCAUAGAGGCCAACAAAUACCGCGUGGCCCUGGCUCAGUACAGUGACAAGUUCCACAGUGAAUUCCAGCUGGGCACCUUCAAGAGCAGGAACCCCAUGCUGAACCACCUCAGGAAGAAUGUCAGCUUCACUGGUGGCUCCCUGCGGAUAGGAAAUGCCCUCCAGGAGGCUCACAGAACCUAUUUCUCUGGACAUGCAAACAGUAGAGACAAAAAACAGUUCCCCCCGAUUUUGGUGGUCCUGGCUUCAGCUGAGUCUGAGGAUGACGUGGAAGAGGCUUCCAAGGCCCUGCGGAGAGACGGGGUGAGGAUCAUCUCCGUGGGGGUGCAGAAAGCUUCUGAGGAGAACCUGAAGGCUAUGGCCACGGCUCAGUUUCAUUUCAACCUUCGGACGGUCAGAGACCUCAGCAUGUUUUCCCAAAACAUGACGCAGAUCAUCAAGGAUGCGGCUCAGUACAAGGACGGAGCGGUCAAUGAUAUUCUUGUAGAAGUUUGCCAAGGCCCUUCUGUGGCAGAUGUUGUGUUCCUGUUGGAUGUGUCGCUCAAUGGCAGCCAGGAGAACUUUGACUAUCUUAAAGAAUUCCUAGAAGAAAGUGUAUCUGCUCUUGACAUAAAGGAAAAUUGCAUGAGAGUUGGCCUUGUGGCCUUCAGCAAUGAGACAAAGGUGAUAAAUUCACUGAGCAGGGGCAUAAAUAAGUCAGAGGUUCUCCAGGAGAUACAGAACCUCUCUCCCCAGGCUGGGAACGCCUACACUGGAGCUGCCAUCCGAAAGAUCAGGAAGGAAGUUUUCAGUGCCCAGAAUGGCAGUCGGAAGAAUCAAGGGGUGCCCCAGAUUGCUGUGCUGGUGACCCACAGACCAUCGGAAGACAACGUGACCAAGGCGGCCGUCAACCUCCGGCGCCAGGGGGUGACCAUCUUCACCAUGGGCAUAGAGGGGGCCAGCGACACCCAGCUGGAAAAGAUAGCAUCUCACCCCGCCGAGCAGUAUGUCUCCAAACUGAAAAGCUUCUCUGAGCUGGCCGCUCACAACCAGACGUUUCUGAAGAAGCUACGGAACCAAAUAACACACACAGUCUCUGUCUUCUCUGAACGGACAGAAACGCUCAAAUCCGGUUGUGUAGACACUGAAGAAGCAGACAUCUACCUGCUCAUCGAUGGCUCCGGGAGCACCCAGGCCACAGACUUCCACGAAAUGAAGACCUUCCUGUCGGAGCUCGUAGGGAUGUUCAACAUCGCUCCCCAGAAGGUGCGAUUUGGGGCCGUUCAGUACGCCGACAGCUGGGACUUGGAAUUUGAGAUCAAUAAAUACUCUAACAAGCACGAUUUGGGAAAGGCCAUUGAGAACAUCAGGCAGAUGGGAGGGAAUACAAACACUGGAGCGGCCUUGAACUUCACACUGGGGCUGUUGCAAAAAGCAAAGAAGGAGCGCGGAAACAAAGUGCCAUGUCAUCUUGUUGUCCUGACGAAUGGUGUGUCCAAGGAUAGCAUUGUGGAGCCCGCGAACAGACUGAGAGAAGAGCUCAUCCACGUUUAUGCCAUCGGAGUCAGGGAGGCCAACCAGACACAACUGCGAGAAAUCGCAGGCGAGGAAAAGAGGAUGUACUAUGUUCAUGACUUUGACGCUUUGAAAGACAUAAGAAACCAAGUGGUGCAAGAAAUCUGUGCUCAAGAAGCCUGCAAAGAGAUGAAAGCUGACAUCAUGUUUCUGGUGGACAGUUCUGGCAGUAUAGGUCCUGAAAACUUCAGCAAAAUGAAAAUAUUUAUGAAAAAUCUGGUGAGCAAAUCUCAGAUUGGGGCAGAUCGGGUGCAAAUCGGUGUAGUCCAGUUCAGUCACGUCAAUAAGGAAGAGUUUCAGCUCAACAGAUACAUGUCCCAAAGUGAAAUUUCAGACGCGAUAGACCGAAUGGCUCACAUUGGAGAAACCACGUUGACUGGUCAUGCCCUGACCUUUGUGUCUCAGUACUUCAGCCCUGCCAAGGGGGCCCGGCCAAACGUCAGGAAGUUUCUCAUCCUCAUCACAGAUGGUGAAGCUCAGGACAUAGUCAAGGACCCAGCAGUAGCACUUCGGCAAGAAGGCAUAAUCAUCUAUUCUGUGGGGGUGUUUGGCUCCAACGUCACCCAGCUGGAGGAGAUCAGCGGGAGGCCGGAGAUGGUUUUUUAUGUUGAGAAUUUUGACAUUCUACAGCACAUUGAAGAUGAUCUUGUUUUUGGAAUAUGCAGCCCCCGUGAAGAAUGCAAGCGGAUUGAAGUUUUAGACGUUGUAUUUGUGAUUGACAGCUCUGGAAGCAUUGACUAUGAUGAAUAUAAUAUCAUGAAGGACUUUAUGACUGACUUGGUGAAAAAAGCCGAUGUUGGCAAGAAUCAGGUCCGGUUUGGGGCUCUGAAGUAUGCUGAUGACCCAGAAGUGCUAUUCUAUCUGGAUACCCUUGGCACAAAGUGGGAGGUGAUUUCCGUGCUCCAGAAUGACCAGCCCAUGGGGGGCAACACUUAUACCGCUGAGGCACUAGCCUUCUCAGACCACAUGUUCACCGAAGCCCGGGGCAGCCGCCUACAGAGGGGCGUCCCCCAAGUCCUCAUUGUGAUCACUGAUGGGGAAUCGCAUGAUGCAGACAAGCUCAAUGCCACAGCCAAGGCCUUGCGGGACAAAGGCAUUCUUGUCCUGGCCGUGGGAAUUGCUGGUGCCAAUCCCGUGGAGCUGCUGGCCAUGGCAGGAUCGAGUGACAAGUACUUCUUCGUGGAGACUUUUGGAGGCCUAAAGGGGAUAUUUUCAGAUGUGUCAGCUAGUGUGUGUAACUCUUCAAAAGUAGAUUGUGAAAUUGGACAGAUAGAUCUUGUCUUCCUCAUGGAUGGUUCAAAUAGCAUUCAUCCAGAUGACUUCAAGAAGAUGAAGGCAUUCUUGGCAUCCGUUGUUCAAGACUUUGAUGUCACUGUCAACAGAGUGCGUAUAGGAGCGGCCCAAUUUAGCCAUAACUACCAGCCAGAGUUUCCACUGGGAACUUUCAUAGGCAAAGAGGAGAUAUCAUUUCAGAUUGAAAAGAUCCAGCAGAUCUUCGGAUAUACCCACAUUGGUGCUGCACUCCGGCGGGUGGGGCAUUACUUCCGACCAGACAUGGGCAGCCGGAUAAAUGCAGGUACCCCACAGGUGUUACUGGUUCUCACAGAUGGCCAGUCCCAAGAUGAGGUGGCUCAGGCUGCUGAGGACCUGAGACGCAAAGGGAUCAACAUUUACUCCGUGGGCAUCGGGGAUGUGGAUGACCAGCAGCUCAUUCAGAUCACUGGGACGGCAGAUAAAAAACUGACGGUUCAUGACUUCGAUGAAUUGAGAAAGGUCAAGAAGAGGAUAGUUCGCAACAUCUGUACCACGGGGGGAGAGAGCAAUUGUUUUGUGGACGUUGUAGUGGGAUUUGACAUCGCAACUCAGAAGAGUGGGCAGACUUUUCUUGAAGGUCAGUCUUGGAUGGAAACUUACCUUCAACACAUCUUACGUGCCAUCAGCUCCCUCAAUGGGGUAAGCUGUGAGGUGGGCACAGAGACUCAGGUUAGUGUGGCUUUUCAAGUGACCAAUGCUAUGGAAAAAUAUUCCCCCAAGUUUGAGAUCUAUAGUGAAAACAUACUGAACAGCUUGAAGGAUAUAACGGUUAAAGGACCAUCUCUUCUCAACGCCAACCUCUUGAGUUCUCUAUGGGACGCAUUUCAGAAUAAAUCGGCCGCUCGAGGAAAGGUGGUUCUCUUGUUUUCAGAUGGAUUGGAUGAUGAUAUUGAAAAACUCGAACAAAAAUCUGAUGAACUUAGAAAAGAAGGCCUGAAUGCCCUUAUAACUGUUGCUCUGGAUGGAGCCCCUGACUCGGGUGACCUGGCUGAUCUUCUCUACAUUGAAUUUGGGAAAGGAUUUGAGUACAGGACCCAGCUCAGUAUUGGAAUGAGGGAUCUUGGGAGCCGACUGUCAAAGCAUCUGGUCAAUGUUGCUGAAAGGACGUGCUGCUGUUUAUUCUGCAAGUGCAUUGGAGGAGAUGGCGCAAUGGGAGAUCCUGGACCACCAGGGAAAAAGGGAUCCCCAGGUUUAAAAGGCAGUGAAGGCUACCUGGGAGAGGAGGGCAUUGCUGGAGAAAGAGGAGCCACUGGGCCAGUGGGAGAACAGGGUACGAAGGGAUGUUAUGGCGCCAAAGGUCCUAAGGGAAACAGGGGACUAAAUGGACAGGAGGGAGACAUUGGGGAAAGUGGAAUUGAUGGAUUAAAUGGAGAACAGGGUGACAGUGGUCUUGCUGGAGGAAAAGGAGAAAAAGGUGAUGAAGGCUCUCAGGGAAGCCCAGGAAGGAGGGGGAUUUCUGGUGACCGUGGAGCAAAGGGCCGGCGGGGAGACCCUGGGUUUCCUGGAGUUGACAAUAGUGUAGAAGGACCCAAGGGCUUGAAAGGAGAACGUGGAAGACAAGGUAGAAGAGGCUCACCAGGUCCCCCUGGGACACCAGGCUCCAGAAGAAAGACAGCAGCUCAUGGCCGAAGGGGACACACAGGCCCCCAGGGGACAACAGGCAUCCCGGGCCCAGAUGGACUUGAAGGCUCAUUGGGACUUAAGGGCCCUCAGGGUCCAAGAGGAGAGGCUGGUGUGAAAGGAGAUAAAGGAAGUCUGGGAGGUAAAGGUCCCCAGGGGGCUCCAGGACCAGGAGGAGAGGCAGGGCGUCAAGGCCAUCUGGGAAGCCAAGGAAAUAAAGGAGAACCUGGAGACCUGGGAGAAAAAGGAGCUGCGGGCCUUCCUGGUCCUCGAGGCUUGCCGGGAGAUGAUGGCGCCCCAGGUUAUGGUAGCUUUGGGAGUAAAGGAGCAAAGGGGCAAGAAGGAUUCCCUGGAGAAAGUGGACCUAAGGGUGAGAUUGGGGACGCUGGUGGUCCAGGAGAAACUGGACCCAAGGGAGUUAGAGGCAAGACGAUAUCUACGGGGCUGCCAGGAGAACCAGGAUCCCCCGGGGAGCUGGGACCUCCCGGACGCAAGGGUGUGAAAGGGGCCAAAGGAUUGGCUUUGUUUUCCACAUGUGACCUCAUUCAGUAUGUGCAGGACCACAGUCCUGGCGGACGUGGAAAACCAGAAUGCCCCGUGCAUCCAACAGAGCUGGUGUUCGCUUUAGACCAGUCCCGGGAUGUGACCGAGCAGGAAUUUGAGCGGAUGAAGGAGAUAGUAUCUGCCUUCGUGAGAGGCAUUCGAGUCCAGGAGAACAGCUGCCCGGUAGGGGCGCGCGUCGCCAUCCUCUCCUAUAACUCCCACACCAGGCACCUUAUCCGCUUCUCAGACACCUACAAGAAGAACCAACUUCUCAGGGAAAUUGAAGCUAUUCCAUAUGAGAGAUCUUCAGCCGGCAGGGAGAUUGGCAAAACAAUGAGGUUUAUUUCCAGGAAUGUCUUCAAGCGGACCCUCUCAGGGCCUCACACAAGAAGAAUCGCCACGUUUUUCAGCAGUGGUCAAUCUGCUGAUGCCCAAUCUAUUGCCACAGCCACCAUGGAGUUCAGCGCCCUUGACAUCAUUCCAGUCGUGAUUGCUUUCAGCAACGUGCCCUCCAUCAAGCGUGCAUUUAUGAUCGAUGACACUGGCACCUUCCAAGUAGUAAUGAUCCCACCCGGGGCUGACUCCGCGCCAGCCUUAGAGAGACUCCAGCGGUGCACUUUCUGCUAUGAUGUGUGCAAACCGGAUGCUUCUUGCGAUCAAGCUGGACCACCCCCUGUGCAGUCUUACGUGGAUGCUGCUUUCCUUCUGGAUGGCUCUCGGCAUGUAGGAAGCGCUGAAUUUGAAGACAUAAGAGACUUUCUGGGAGCACUGUUAGAUCACUUUGAAAUCACCCCAGAGCCCGAGACCUCUGUCACUGGAGACCGGGUGGCCCUGUUAAGCCACGCUCCCCCCAACUUCCUACCCAACACUCAGAGGAGUCCUGUUAGAACUGAGUUCAACCUUACCACCUACAACAGCAAACGCCUCAUGAAGAGGCACAUGGAAGAAUCAGUUCGACAACUAAAUGGAGACACUUUCAUCGGUCACGCCUUACAGUGGACUCUGGACAAUAUCUUUUUAAACACACCCAAUCUGAGAAGAAACAAAGUCAUAUUUGUGAUAUCUACUGGGGAAACCAGUCAUUUGGACAGGGAAACCUUAAAGAAAGAAUCCUUGAGAGCCAAAUGUCAAGGUUAUGCCUUAUUUGUGUUUUCCCUUGGCCCUGCUUGGAAUGACAAGGAACUGGAAGAGCUGGCCAGCUACCCUUUGGAUCACCACUUGGUCCAGCUUGGCCGAAUUCAUAAACCUGACCACAGAUAUGGUGUGAAGUUUGUGAAGUCCUUUAUAAACUCAAUCAGGCGUGCAAUCAACAGAUAUCCACCAAUACACUUCAAAACAAAGUGCAAUAGACUCAGCUCUACGGACCCGAAGCAGCCUCCACGGCAGUUGCAGAGCUUUGUUCCUGGACCACACAGAGCUGCCCUCAAAGAAGAUGUGUUACAGAAGGCAAAAUUCUUUCAAGAUAAAAAAUAUCUUUCAAGUGUAGCAAGAGUCAGCAGAGAUCAUACUGUUCAAACUUUUACCAGAAAUACAUUCUACACCUUUAAAAAUGGAAGAAAGGUGAUAAAAACUGCUCCCAGACAACAUGAUAAAGGAAGUACUCAAAGAAUUUAGCCUUAGGAACCACGGUAAGACUCUGGACUUAAAUAAAUUCACUGCCAUAACUAUGGGCAACUUUUAUUUGGAUAUCUGCCUGUAUCCAGAGGUCCACUCUGGAGGGUUGAACAAGCCACAGGUUGUAGAUUAUCAGGCAAGUUGACCCCUUGCACUCACUGGUAUUAAGAUAUAUUUUGUCCAUUUAUUUGACCAUUCCUGACAAUUCCAGCACUCUAAGACUGAUAUGUUCAAGCACUGUUAUCAUUAAAAGAUGGAAGAAUGAAAGAAAUGUUUUGAAAAGUCUAAUGGAGAUAUAAUUUGAAGGUAAAUUUAUAUAGUGUAUACAUGUGAUUGUAGGUCUCUGUCCAGUCUACUUGCUGCAAACCAAAUUUCUUUCUCAAUUUAGUACUGUUUAAUGCUCAUCUGUUCAACCAAAGGUUCAUGUGUAGGGAAACCCCAACAUUCACCCUAGAAACUGAUGCUGUUUGUAUGUCGUAAUUUUGAAAAUCUGACCUUCCAUGAUGAUUCCAUUUAAACACAUGACUUUCUCUGUAUGGACUGACCAGAACUUACUUAAUGGCUCAUGCUGGAAGGUUUCCUUCCACCUUCUGCAGUUGUUUGCUCAGACAGGUGAGGGGAGAAGCAGAGGGAAAUUUUCCCCAGCUCCAAAUCCUCCUUAGCUCGCUGAGAAAGUCAUUAAUCCCUCCAGAACAGAAAUCAUUGCUUUUGAGCUGGAAGCUCUUUCAUCAAUAUAUAGAGCCUCCUGUUUGGCUACUUUGAUGGACUUUGAUUCUUUCUUUCCCAUUAUUGUCGUUUAUUAUUAUGUACUAAUCCAUAUAUUCUUUAGACAAGGAUAGUAAAGACAAAACUUGUCAUGGGUGAAGCUCUGAGACUUUUAUCUAUCAGGUAGCUAUUUAGUCAACAGAGAAUAGCACCAAACAGGACUGGCAGAGCUCUAAACAGAGCCUUAAAAGCACACUGAGUUUGGAAAAGAUAAGAAAGCUGCUAUGUUUUAAUCUACAAAUUAAGGUUGCAGAGAUGCAAAAGAGAUCAGAGUGUUAAAGCAGGAAAGGUCUUCAAAUGCCUAACUUCUGGAAGCAUUCAGUGAUGGCUCUCUCUCCUCACCCCCAUCCAAUCAAGUGAGUAAUUUUUAAUCUUAUGAUGGGGCUAUUUUCAACAACUAAACACCAAAGCAGCAUUAUUCACUUUAGACACAAUGUUUGGACCUUACCUCAAAUUCAAAGAGCUGGCGCCACAGCUGGUGGCCAUGGCCCUGCUAGCCCCUUCUCUUCAGCAAGGAAGGGACGCCCUGCCUGGACGCACGGGCAGAUCGUUGCUGACACUGAAGACCAGGAGGUAUGGCCUGAUUUUCUUUUCUAUACCUCUCUUCAUAAAAUCUAGCAAACAAGGGCCAUCUGCAGUGGUUUUUUAAACCACUUCUGCCAUCUUUACUCAGGCAACUCCAGAGAGAGAGCUCCCAAGGUCUUUGGAGGAGCAAGGAGUUAAAAUGUCCCAUGCAUACUCAGGUAAUGUGAAGAACGGCACAUCAGGUUUCUUCAUGUAUCCUAAGUGGUGCUUAGGGCUUCAGGAAAAAUUUACGUUUCCAGGACAGGAAAUUGAGCAAUAUUUAGGAGCUAUUUUAGUAAAAGGGAUUUUUCUGGUUAACUUUGGAUUAAGCAAAAACUCCCUGUUUACUGUUGGAAAUACUUUGAAAAUGUGUUUGUCUAUGUUUAUUUCUUCUGCAUUGGUAAGUAAAGUACACCAAACAAAUACUCCCUUGGUGACUGAGAUUAUGUUAGCAUUUUGGGUCAUCUUUUUAAUCAUUAGUAGGUGAGAGGCCUGAAGCAUGCUUCAAAUAUUAAGUUCCUUUUAAAAAAUAAAUCCCUUUCUCCUAAAAGGGGAAAGAACCAAAAUUUGAGUGUAAGUUAAAUGAAAACCUAUUUAAAUCAAGAAUCACACAAAUAAGCAGUGAUGCUUCUUGGUUUAAAAAGGUAAAUUAAUUGACUUUUAUAAAGGACGUUCCUAUUAUCUCUGCACUGAACGACAAGUCAACUGUGUUAAAGAAAAACAAUAUUUAAGUCAAAAAGAGCUGCAACUCAACACGGCAUCAGAUUGUAAUACUUGGUAACAAUUCAACCAAAUGACCUCUCAAGGGGGUGGACUUUUUUUAGGGAGAGAAGAAUGGGUUUUAGGAAGAUAAGAGCAGAAAAGGAUAUGCUUCCCUCAGCCCACUACAUUUUUCCCUCAGCUAUUUCCAUGGUUAUCAGGCUUGUGGCUUAUCUAAUGGCUCCAGGCUUGAAGCCCAUUUUCAGCAUAAGAGUUUGUUUCAAAAAGAUUUCCCCCAACCUCUGCAGACUCUAAACCUGACUGAGUAGCUACAAACUCUCUCAAUAUGGUCUUAGCAGACUUUAAGGGAGACAGAGGCAAUGCAACACCACAAUGUCAAUGUCAAAUCUUCAAAUUCUACUCAUCCACUCAGCUACGUGGCCUAGUCAGAGUCCCUCACUCCUGAUUGGCCCUUUCUGAAUGAUGGGGUUUUUUCAAUAGUUUUGUUGUUUACCUGUCUAAACAUAAGUGUACUGAAUCAUGAAGCCAGAUAUAUGCAUUGCAAACUGUCAUGUACCGUAACUGAA